UGACACACGAAGCGAGCAAAACAUUUUCCACCGGCUCUCUCUUUGUCCAUCCACCUCGCCUCCCUGCUGAAGCAACAUCCACAGCAACACCAUGGCGACUGUUGUCGAUACAAAACUAUACGACAUCCUCGGAGUGUCUCCAUCCUCAUCUGAAAAUGAGCUGAAGAAGGCAUACCGGAAACUGGCGAAAGAAUACCACCCUGACAAAAACCCCAAUGCUGGUGACAAGUUCAAAGAAAUCAGUUUUGCCUAUGAGGUGCUGACCAACCCGGAAAAGAAGGAACUUUAUGACCGCUAUGGAGAACAAGGCUUGCGGGAAGGAGGUGGGGGUGGCCCAGGGAUGGAUGAUAUCUUCUCCCACAUCUUUGGCGGUGGACUCUUUGGAUUCAUGGGUGGCCAGGGGAGUCGCUCCAGGAAUGGAGGUCGUAGGAGAGGAGAGGACAUGGUCCACCCACUCAAGGUGUCACUGGAGGACCUUUACAAUGGGAAAACCACUAAACUACAACUUAGCAAGAAUGUACUGUGUAGCACUUGUAAUGGGCAGGGAGGCAAGACAGGCGCUGUACAAAAAUGUACAACAUGUAGGGGGCGUGGCAUGCGCGUCAUGAUCAGACAGCUGGCUCCAGGGAUGGUCCAACAGAUGCAGUCUGUGUGUACUGAUUGUAAUGGAGAAGGCGAAGUUAUCAGUGAGAAAGACCGCUGUAAAAAAUGUGAGGGCAAGAAAGUCGUGAAGGAGGUGAAGAUUCUGGAGGUACAUGUGGACAAAGGCAUGAAGCACGGCCAGAAAAUUACCUUUGGAGGUGAGGCUGAUCAGGCACCUGGUGUCGAGCCUGGGGAUAUAGUCCUUGUUCUGCAGGAAAAAGAUAAUGAGACAUUCAGGCGAGAUGGCAAUGACCUCUUCAUGAACCACAAGAUCGGGCUGGUGGAGGCACUGUGUGGCUUCCAGUUCAUGCUGAAACACUUGGAUGGAAGACAGAUUGUUGUCAAGUACCCUGCUGGCAAAGUCAUUGAACCAGGCUCGGUGAGGGUGGUGCGAGGAGAGGGCAUGCCACAGUACCGAAACCCUUUUGAGAAGGGAGAUCUGUACGUCAAGUUUGAUGUCCAGUUUCCCGACAACAACUGGAUCAGCCCUGAGAAACUUGUGGAGCUUGAAGACAUGCUGCCCUCGCGAUCAGAGCCUCCCAUCAUCACUGGGGACACAGAGGAGGUCGACCUGCAGGAUUACGAUGUCAGCCAGAGCUCGACGUCGGGUAGCCGCAGAGAGGCCUACAACGACAGCUCCGAUGAAGAGGGUGGCCACCACGGGCCAGGGGUGCAGUGCGCCCACCAGUAGUCUCAUACUCCCACACAUGCACACACGACCCACGUUCUGCUUGGGGAGAAAAUGUACGAGUUGCAGAGUAAACAAGGAUGUAGGUCAGACUGAAAAAGCUUGGUAAUUCCUCAGACACAGAUCAAGUAAAUGUUAUUGAAUCAUGGCACCUGGAAUUGUUGAUUUAAUGUUAUUGACCUGUGUGCUGGGAUUGUCUUGAUCUUUGCCUGAGGAACUCACACUGGGGCAGCCAAAGACUUAACACUGCACCUGAAACAGAUUUAGACACUUUAAACAGCAACUUCAGGUAGAAGUCAUUAUGUAUUUAAGAUGUAUCCAAACAAUUGGGUGCCCCAGUGAAUGCCAUGUAGAACUAUGAUCUGGUGUUCACUCCUCUGUCACCCCUGUUGAAGUCCAUUCCCCUCUCCACUAAUGGGAACUCCAGAUCAAUCAAAGAAAGGAACGUGUCUUGUUUGCUGAGUGUGUGACUUGCAUUUUGUUUUCAUAGUAUUUACAAUAAUUAAUUUAAAAACUAACCGAUGUGCAUACACAAAGCAGCUGAGCAAUGUGACGUGCAGAUCCUUGGACUCGUGUAUUCAUGGAUUCAUCCACUCGGCGCCAUUCGUAGGAUUUGUUUCUGAUUUUUACAGCUUUAUUUUCUUUGUAGGUUUUUACUCAUUUUUUUUUGUCUUUACAUUUUAAUUCAAACAGAAAAUUGGCUAUUGUGUAUAUCAUUGAACUGGUUGUUGGUAAGCUUCAUCAGCUGCUGUAUUCAAAGCUGUGUGAUUUUUAAAAAAGAAAAAUUACAAGUGAGAUGACAAAUGUAUAGCUCGUAUCUGUGCUGAGACCAUGUGCAUGUAAAAAGCUUUGGUUCCUGCACUUAUCAAACAUCAAAUAAAGCAGCACACUUCUUAAGAAAAUGUCUAUGAAGUUGUUGAAUAAAUUGUUGAAAUAUCA